UCUAGGUUGGUCUGGCCCAGUGUCUCUCUCUCGCAGUUUGCUCUCAGGUCCUCUCUGUGUGACUGUGUCUUCGUCUCGAGUCUCGACUCUCUCUCGGAGCUCUCUCUCGCUCGCUCUCUCUGUGUCUCUGGUUCUGGCGUGCUUUCUCUGCAAGGCUUGGUGAUCACUUAUCGAAGGUCAUCAAAAGUCUCUUUUUUUAAGAAACAGCGAAGGUCGAUUUGUAGUAGAGUUAGAGAACCAAGCAAAUCUAUAGUGGAAAUGGCAAGCUAUCUGUGGAGGAAAUACGCAGAUUAUUUGUACACAAAGUGGGAAAAAACCCUUCUCUGGGACAUGAUCGAUCCGUACAGGCGACCCAAAUCGUUUAAACCUCUUGUUACAAUCUAUAUUGCUGCUUUCUACACUGGAGUAAUUGGUUCUGCUAUCACUGAACAACUCUACAAGGAGAAGUAUUGGGAAGAUCACCCUGGGGAAGCCGUCCCUCUAAUGAGGCCAAAGUUCUAUUAUGGACCUUGGAAGGUACUGAAAGGAGAUGUCCUUCCCCCUAAUCAGUGAAAGGCCCAACUCCAAUUGGAGAACGGUGUUAGAGUUUCUAGCGUUGCACUUUUCUUUUAUUGUAGAAACGGGUUGGAGCUUUGAAGAGCAGGAAUGUUCUUUGGAUGAAGUCAAGAGAUUCUUCUUCAAUACUUCUAAUUUUUAUGGGCUACUGUUAUUAUAUCAAUGGGGCUAGUUUACAUGAUUUUCUUGGAUCCAUUUCUAGUCACUAACUUGUAACUAGGUCUUUUUAUUGUAUACUUCAUGUGUACUUGAGUUAUGCUGACCAUUCAUGAAGCAUGACUCAUGAUUUACUAGAGCCACAAAUGUAUUACACAAAAAUAAUUUUACAAAUUGACAUAAUUUUAUCUGAUUCGUUAAAUCUACUUUUUAAUAAAAAUAAUUUUAUAUUCUGAUAAGUUACAUCAAGUCAUAUUAAUUUGUGAAAUUAUUUUGUAUAAUCCAUUUGUGGCUAGAGUACUUUCCUUGUUAUUAUUCUCACUUUUGCCACAUAUUCUGAGAUGCUGGUUGCAACCAAGUAACAAUCUCAACAUGUUACCAAUUCCAAUGUAUUUGAAAAGUGCUACUUAUCAUUUCAACACUAUACACUAAUAUAUAAUUUGUUAUUUUUGUUCUUCUA